UGACACCAACGAAGUAGAAAAAGUAAACUGCAACAUGGCGACUCCCAUGCAUAGAAUAAUAGCCAGGAGGCAAGCGGAGGCAAACAAACAACAUGUGCGCUGCCAGAAGUGUUUGGAGAUGGGACACUGGACCUAUGAGUGCACAGGGAAGCGGAAAUAUGUGCACAGACCAUCAAGAACAGUUGAGAUGAAAAAGAAGCUCAAGGAGGAUGAAAACAAACCCCUCAGCAUCACUGGACCUGGAAGAGAAGGUUCCAGUGAGAAGAAAAUUAAAAAGAAGGCAAAAGACUCGAGCGACAGCAGCAGUGAUUCAGACGGCUCCUCCAAUGACUCAUCUUCAGACAGCAGCGACUCCUCCAGCUCCUCUUCAGAUGACAGCGACAGCAGCAGUGACAGCGACGAUGACAGCUCUUCCUCAUCUUCCUCUUCCUCCUCCUCCUCUUCAUCCUCAGACAGCUCAGACUCAGGAAGCAGCAGCGAUUCAGAUCAAGGACCUCCAAAGAAGAAGAAAAAGAAGAAAUAAAUAUUUUGGAAGAAGUGGGUUUUCUUGCUGUUAUUUGUUUCACAAAGAUUUUUUUUAUUUUUUUCUAAAACCCAUCACAGCUGGUUGAAUCUGAAUGGUUUGGACUUUUACACACCUUUGUUAAUAAUGGACAAGGAUGAGAGGAGAACAAGAGACUUUUUUGGAUUGGCCAGUGUGACAUAUUUUGUGUUGUCAAAACCUAUUUUCCCUCUUACUUCUACCAGUUCAAUAUUUUCUCAAGUUUGUAGGUCUAUUAAGGAUAUAAACUUCAAAUAUCUGAGGAAACUGAUUUGAUUAUUCAUGUUAAAUCUUGGGAUUUUGUACUUGGAAUAUAUUUUUAGUCAAUGCUGAUCUGUACAACUCACAACCUUUAUAGAACAACACCAUGUCUGGAGUAGAAACACAUAAAACAUAAUGUGACCUUUUAAAGGAUACAGAGUACAAGUUAUGUUUUGUUCAGAUUUCUAAUUAGUUUAAAGUUAAGAAGUCUUGUUGCUAAGAAAAUGCAUUUGCUUGUUUCACUGUGAAAUAAACUUUGUUUUUGUUACUAAGAA